UUAUAUCACUCCACUUUAUCGUCACUUACCCUUUAUGCCUUUUGAUUCGUUGCUAAGAAUUUAAUCUCCAAGCCCUCUCUCCGUUUCUUCAACACAUUUCGAGAAAAACCCGGAUUUCAGAGAAAGAAGCAAAAAAAAAAAAUGGCCAAAGUUCUGUUGCUCAUUGCACUAUGUGUGCUUCCGGCUCUGGUCAGUGCAACACGCAUGGUGAAGAACCCUUUGGUGGUGCAAGGACAGGUGUACUGUGACCGUUGCCGUGCUGGUUUUGAAACCCCAAAGACUAGAAACAUGGCUGGUGCCAAGGUUAAGGUGGAAUGCAGUGACAGGAAGAGCGGCCAAGUUGUAUACAAGAAGGAGGGAUACACAGAUUCAACUGGACAUUACAAGAUUGUUGUGUCUGAGGAUCACUUGGAUGAGAUCUGUGAUGCCAUUCUUGUUAAGAGUGCCCAGCCUGACUGUGCCAAAAUGUCCCCAGGUCGUGAACGUGCCCGUGUGGUCUUGACCAACUUCAAUGGCAUUGCAUCCAACACGCGCUUUGCCAAUGCCAUGGGCUUCAUGGCUGAUGAGGCUGACGCUGGCUGUGCUGAGAUUAUGAAGCUAUACCAGGAGGAAGAUGUGUAGAGUGUGGUCUCGAGUUUCUUGAGAGUCUAAUUGACUAGUCGGCGUAUGAUGUUUGUCUGCUAUUUGUUAUGUGAAUUGUUUUGUUAUUUCUCUGUUUAGAGGACUUAUAACUUAUCAUCCUUGAAUUCUAUUACAAUUUUAUAAAUAUGCAACGGCUUCGGUCUCAGAAGUAUUCUGGGUAAUUGCUGUUCUUUUUC